AUGGACCCGUCCACCAACUCUACAAUCAACGGUGCGCAGCAUGCAAAGGGUCAAUCAUACGGCGUGCUGGAUGGCAUCCAGGCCUUUACCGGCUCUGACGGUCUUCAAAAUGGAGACGAUCUGUCUCGCUUCUUUGACCCCGAGCUGUUCGAUUCCACCUAUUCUCAACCGUCCCUGUCCAUGUCGCAAGAUUUUGAUCCCAACACAGGCCGACAAUCGAGCACGCCAGAUAUCCAACAGUUCAGUGUCCCCCAGCGGCCUUUCCCUCACCAUCAAUACUCUCAACCAUUCUACGACUCCCGCCAGAUGAGCCAACCCAACUAUGACCCCAGGUUCUAUUCAGGACCCUCUCCCUCGCCCGUGGGCUUUGAUGGCGGCUACCAUUAUCCCUCCCAAAUGGGCUACUCCAACCAGCAAUUCAAUACACAGCAGAUGAGCAUGCCUCAACGACAAACAACCACGCCUUCGCAAAAUUAUCCGAUCCAACAACAGCAACAACCACAACCACAACCACAACCACAACCACCAUCAUUCGUCAACAUCGGCCCACGCCCUCCGCAUUUGUCCCAUGGCCAGAACGCUGACAUGAUGCGCUUUGGGACUUUCCAAGACCAAACCCAUCAACCAACUAAUCAUUUCGUGGAUCCUUCUAUGUUGAAUGCAAAUCAGAUGAUGCAUACAAGUAGGAAGGUGCACUCCUUUCCCCAUGCUUUCCAGACGCAGCAACCCUACAUGGCGACUUCUUACUUCAAAUCCGGUUCAACCGUGGAUCCAAGAUCCUUGCAAGGAGGCCAGCCACUACAGCCCAUGUCGCUGGUCACAUCACAAACACCACGGCCAGGUACUGAGAACGACUCAAGUUAUCAACACCAGCUGACGUGGGCAGGGGUAGCCAUACAACCAAAGCCGGAGCAAGCUGCGAAACCAACCGCUGACAAAGACCAAGAGGCGCCCAAGAAGAAAAGGGGUCGACCGAGAAAGGACGCCUCUGCGAAGCCUGACGAUCACCCCUCAGCAUCUGAGACGGAUUCUGAUGACGACUUGGAGAUCGAGGAUGACGAGCCACCGGAAGUGACUCCAGCCUUGCUGAGCGUAUCCAUGCCAACGGAUGAACGCGGAAAAGCUCUUUACAAUGCAGUGCAAGCCGUUUGGAGCCCGCGCAACAAAUCGGUUUCUCCCGAAAAGAUACGUGGGGGCAUUGCUGGUUUCGGUGAUAGCGUACGAAGCUUGAGAGACGCUUGGAAAACUAAAAAUGAAAGUCUAAGAAAGGCAGAGCUCCCUAAUUCUCCCACAGCCAAAGAUGCUCAGAGGUUGAAGGAAGAAGUCGCGCGAUAUCGCCAAGUCAUGGAAAAUGUCAUGAUGAGAUCUUUGCUGUAUGGUCAUCCAGCCAUCGUCAAGAGAUUAGGUGAAAACCAGUUCACAAUGUCGGCCUUGCAUUCCUUCAUGCUCGACAGGUUCAACGCUGCGGAUUAUGACAGUACUCUCGUCAGCUCUAUUCUCAAGUUUGUUGUCAAAUUUGAGACACUAGAUUCCGAAAUGCUGGAGAUGACGAAGCUGUCAAAAAUCUUACAGCGUCUAACCAAGAAAGCCAUGACCGACAUCAAGACGUUGGCACAGACUGUCCUCGAUAAUGCUGUCGCCGCUACGGCGAAGAAGGCUUCCACCACGAAUGACAAGAAGGCUGACAAGCCGGCAUCGCCCAAGUCUGUUGGGAGUCCAGCAGAUGGGGCACGAAAAGAGGGCGCGACCGGGGUUAAGCGUCUUCGCGAAGGCGACGGGUCUGUUCCACCAGUCCUGAAGAAGGUCGCAAAAUUGAUUCCACAGUCGUCAAAACCUCUGGCCCUUCAGAACGCCGAACGUAGAAAGGCGCUGGAAGCUGCGCAAGCAGCAAAGGCUGGAGAAAAGACAACUUCUGCUCCACCAGGAACCACGGCCAAUCCGGCCACAAAAGGGAAAGUUGCCGUGGCACCUCCUCCAAAAUCUUCAAUCUUUGCGUCUUUAGCAUCAGCCCCUAAGAAGCCAGGCACUUCGAACGCAGAGCGAGCUGCUGCAGCUGCAAAAGAGAGGGCGUCCUCAACGGCAUCGCCCUCGCUUGUAGCCGCUCAGCCGGUGAAGAAACCAAAUUCGGGCAAGGAGUCGCCACCGCGAAAUGGCGGCUCUGCCCCCGUCACAAAGGCCGCGACCGCCUCGUCCUUCAUGGGUUUACUAGCUGACAUGGAGAAGAAACCCGAGAAGGAGACAAAGAAGGAAGACGAGAUUCCGAAUGAGACCGAAGAACAAAAGGCCAAACGACUGCGGAAGGAAGCUCGUCGGAAACUUCGCGUUACCUGGAAAGUAGAUGCAGAGCUUGUGGAGACUCGCCUGUUCACUCAUGAUCCUGACGAGGAGCUUGACCAGGGCGACCGUCUGAAACGCGACGCUGGGGAUACUGGUCGCGAGGGUGAAGCGCUUAAACUCCACAAGAACUUGGACGAUCUUGAUGAUGAAGAAGAUGAAGAUUCUUUCGAAGAACUCGAGCCAUACGCCGCACCCUCGGAGGUGGACUUUAAUUACCUUGAAGAUGUUUCACUUGGCGAUGAUUCACCACACAAGAUCAAUUCACCCAAGUUCGGCGGGUCUAUGAAGCCUGAGAGCCCUAGUAGCGAAGCCCAGAAUAAAUACGAGCAAGACACACUCAUGGCACUUUACACUUCCAAGGCCGAUCGUCCGUCAACACCAAAGGAGCCAGAUGAUUCCAACGAGGAUGAAGGCGAUUUCGAGCCAGCCGAACCCGAAACUCCUUUCGGGGAGCCCGAUGAGAAGACGCGUCAGCGGGAGAAGGAGUAUCUGGCGCGACAAGGUCGAACGCAACCUGCCAUAGAUCUUGCAGCCCAGAUGCAGGCCCUAUCCGCCUCACAGACAUCUCAGCAACAACCAGGAGCCAUUCCACCCGAGCUUCAGCGUGCUCUGAGCAUGUUUGGUCGGCCAAAUCAGCUGAAUCAGCCGAGUACUACGCCACAAGCGGCCCCGAGUUCGAAUGUGACCCUACAAGCCCUUCUUCAAACAGUGCUCGGACAACAAUCGCAAGGCCAAAAUCAGCAACCUCAGUAUCCAGCCGCCUCCCAGCCUUCGGCUCUCGGACCCAAUCUAGGCGCACUUCUCGCCUCGAUGCAACAGGGGACCCAAGCGGCUACACCCGCUAAUACUCUCCCUCUCAGCAUGGGGGGAAACCCUAACCCCUACAUCGGUAAUUUCGACGACACUUCGCGCAAACAUGGCCGGAGCGACUCCAACGACAACGACAAUGACCAUGGAAGAAAAGGUGGGACCAAGAAGAAAAAAGGGGACUCAAAGCCAUACCUUUACAAAACUCAAACGUGCACGUUCUGGGAGCAAGGCAAAUGCCUUAAAGGCGAUUCUUGCACGUAUCGUCACGGCGACGAAGAUGAACACUAG